AUGUUGCUGCAAGUCUUGCCCCGAAAAGACCCCAUAGCCAUAACGGAUAGAAUCUUGGAACAUGGGUAUACGGGCGCAAUCGACAUACUUCAUGUUGAAGACAUCGUAGGUACAGUGAUGAUUAGCAUUGUAAGCAAGCGUUUACUGUAUUUAAACGAGUUUCAAAAUGGUCUUAACCUUUAUGAUCUCCCUGCAUUCUUGAAAUCCAGUGCUAAUUUAUGCAAGGAUCUAUUUGUGAUUGGAAGAAACAAAGUUGUGGAUGCAAGUUUUAUUGUCUCUUGUAUGAUGCCAUGUUAUUCAGAUACAGGAAGUUCUCGUCGAGUUGUUGAAGAAAUGAUGGUCGACAACUUUCAGGAUCUACUAAUAUGUCUUGAAGAUGAACACAUAACUGGCUAUACAGAAGCUUUAGCUUGGAAUGAUAGUGCCAACAGCAUUUGGCAACCACGACACAGCUGA